CAAAUAAGAAGCCAUGAACAACUCCAUUUUCCUUCUUGGGUUAUUUCUCUUGCAUUCAUUACAAGCUUCAUUCGGUUCGGUUGUUUCGACUGGUGAUUUCAAUAAAGACUUCUUUGUGACUUGGUCCCCGACCCAUAUCAACACAUCUGCUGAUGGCCGAUCAAGAAGCUUGAAGCUCGAUCAAGAAUCAGGUUCGGGUUUUGCUUCUAAUGACAUGUUUUUGUUCGGUCAAAUCGACAUGCCAAUCAAGUUAGUACCUGGUCACUCGGCAGGCACAGUCUUGGCAUUCUAUCUUACUUCCGACCAGCCUAAUCGAGAUGAGAUAGACUUUGAGUUCCUGGGAAAUAUUUCAGACCAGCCUUACAUUCUUCAAACAAACGUUUUCGCAGACGGUUUUGACGACAGAGAAGAGAGGAUUUACUUGUGGUUUGAUCCCACAAAGGAUUUCCAUACCUAUUCGAUUUUAUGGAAUCUUCACCAAAUUGUAUUUAUGGUGGAUUCUAUUCCAAUAAGAACAUACAGAAACCAUGCAGACAAGGGAGUGGCAUAUCCUAGAUGGCAGCCAAUGAGCCUCAAGAUGAGCCUAUGGGACGGCAGCAGCUGGGCGACCAAUGGCGGGAAAGACAAAAUCGAUUGGUCAAAAGGCCCUUUCCUUGCAUCAUUCACAAAUUACACGAUUGACGCCUGUGUAUGGAAGGGAAAUGCAAGGUUUUGCAGAGCAGAUAGCUCAAGCAACUGGUGGAACAAAGAGGAGUUGAGUUCUUUAACGUGGAAACAGAGGAGAUGGUUCAAAUGGGUCAGGAGAUAUCACCUAAUUUAUGAUUAUUGCCAGGAUAAUAAGAGAUUCCAAAACAAUCUCCCAAAAGAAUGUUAUCUUUCAAAGUAUUGAUUCUUUGAUAUGCAUCAAAGUAUCUUUUUUAGCUUAUGUUCCAUGUGGUAUUGUUGUCAUUGGGAUAGAAUAUUUAUGAUAAUAUAUGAGCUCUGGUUGGUAUUCCUAAUUCCUACUGCAUAAGUUAUUGGGCAAAAUGCAGCAAAGUUUGCCUUAAUUUCUAUUCAGUGUAACAAAGAGUUUUUCACGAUCGAUGUAAGAAAGUUUCAAAAUUUCCUAAUUUAAUGCAACAAAGUUUCAAUAAUUUCUAUUUGUACACAUUUUGACCAUAACCAACUGAUUUUGUAACAUUUGAUGACGUGG